AAGUGUAACUUCACACUGUCGCUCAACUCCCAAAAGUAUAAACACAAAAGUUUGCAUUCAAUGUGAAAAAUGCUAUUCUACUCAUUCUUCAAGUCACUUGUCGGAAAGGACGUGGUUGUGGAGUUGAAAAACGAUUUAUGCAUAUGUGGUACCCUUCAUUCGGUGGAUCAAUACCUCAAUAUCAAGCUUACAGAUAUUAGUGUAACAGACCCGGACAAAUAUCCCCAUAUGCUCUCUGUGAAAAACUGCUUCAUCCGAGGCUCAGUAGUCCGGUACGUUCAGCUGCCCAGUGACGAAGUGGACACACAAUUGCUUCAGGACGCCGCCCGGAAAGAAGCUGUGGUCAGCACAAGGUAGAAAGGCGGGGUGAUAAAAAAGGAAAGUCUGGCAUUUUUAUACAUAUAUAAUUCAUCUUCUAGAAUAUAUAUUACAAUUUCAAUUGCUUUUCUCAACAUA